AUGUUAACAGCAACAGAAAGGAAUCGAACGAGAGAACAGAACUAUGUAAACGUGCAAAAAAGUAUAAAAACUUUGUUAGAUGAAGAUGAUAACGCCUUUGGAGAAAGACUAAAUAAAUUAGCAUAUGAUGAUAAUUUUAGGUUACAAUUCAAUGAAUUAUUAAAACCGGAUCUCUUUAAAAAACCGUGUAACAAAUUAAUGCAAGACGUGCAUUUUCAAAAAUACUCUAACAAAUUAAAUAGUAAUAAUAAUUUCGAGAAACAUUUUUUUAUCUCACCAGACGCAGAUUACAGUAAUCACGAUCAAUAUAACCCAUUCAAAUUUUAUAACAAUAAGAAAGUAUUUUUUGAUGAAUUAAAAAGUAAAAAUUGCUCUAAAGCGAAAAUAAUUGACGAAUUAAAACGUCAUGAAGAAUGUAAAACACAACCGAAAGAUAAAAUGAAACGAACUAAUAACCUUAAAAGAGAACAAACCGAUGAAGAAGAAGAUUAUAUGCCUUCUAAAUUAGAAAAAGAUGACAUUUCCGAAAGAUCUCAUGAAGGCUAUGGGUAUAAAGAAUUAUUAAAACCAAGAAAAUACCAACAUAAAACGUUUGAAGCAGAAGUGAAACGUUUUUUAAAGGAAAAAGCAGCUGGUCGUUAUACGGAUAAAAGUCGAGGCAUCAUGGGAAAGUUAUUUUCAUUUGCAGACACACACAGAGUAUUUAUUCCUAUUGCGUUUGUUUUCUCAUUCAUUUUUUUAGUAUCUACAACUAAAAUUGGGGGCAUAGGUGGUGCAUUAUUAGCUACAUCGACUAGUUUAGGCUACUUACCAUUAGUAGCAGUAGUAGUAAUAACGUCUCUUUUAGGCAUAAUUCCAUUAUUGACAGGAUUAAUCCCUGUUGUACUCUUACUUAUAAUAGCAGGAAUGUUUCCCUUUUUACUACCGUUAAUGGGAGUUGCAGCGCUUGUUUACUAUGCGAUUAAAUUCGAUAGUGUAUCAUCUGGACGUAUAGGACAUAAAAAAUUAUCUAACAAAAUUAAAUAUAUAAAACGGAAAUCUGUUUAG